AUGGAGGAGGGUGAUGUGACAGCAACAACCUCUCCAUUAUUUUUACAUGAAGCCCAAAUCUCACUAGCCUCGACAGCUUUUGCGAGGGCACUUCCAUGUGUCCACGCUCGACCUGCACCACAGUGGAAUCGCGGUGCAGAUCAUUUAAAGUGGUCACACUUCAAUCUCGUGGCAAGAAUGUGGCACCUCUACGGUCUUCUCGUAUUCGAAUUGCUAGUGAUGUUGCCAUCGGAUGCAAAAGGGGCCUAUGUAGAUCAAGAGCUGAUCAAUUUAGCGAGUAGGAUAUGGGACGCGGAUCCGCAUCGACUUCAAGUUGGAAAAGACCUAAAGCUGGAUUGGCAAGGCAUAGUUGGCGAAAACGACGCAGGACGUGAUGUUGCUCCCAAGCCGUUGUUUAGCGUUAACACGCAGGGUUUCAAAAAUAAUCCAGUUGUUGACUCAUUUAUCGCGCUGCUGGACAACUACGAGCAUCGUAUUGGCUUCUCCGAGGUGGAAACACUGGAAAAGAAGGCAGAGAUCCAAAGAUUUUUAGACGCAGUUCUGAGAACACCAACAAUGCGAAGCUUUCACACCUACUUGUGGAACCUCAAACUUGCUAGCCCAAAGCUGUCCGAAUUUAAGAAAGAAUUGCAUGACAUUUGGUUCAAACCCUAUAAAAGAGUUAGGAGUGGUGAUUCUUCCCCUUUCGAACACGUCUUUGUUGGUGAGACGAAACAAAAAAAUGUUAUAGGAAUGCACAACUGGAUUACUUUCUAUUUGAACGAGAAGGAGGGAAUCAUCGACUACUACGGGUACGGCCGUCCGAAGUCUGAAGAUCCCGAUUUUAAGCGCACCCUUCGGUUCGGCAUGUAUGAUACCUUCGAAAAACCUCACAGCACAAUCCUCUUUGGAUCCUCGGUGGAGUUCGAAUUUGGCCUCUACACUACAGUCUUUCUAAAGGCAAGAGAACUCUUUAAAAACAAACAAGAUUGGCCGCCUUUCCUUCUCAAUUUGGAAGGCAAACAAGUGCUUGUACAAUGCCAUGGGAAGAAUAAAAAUCGGAUGGGCUCUUGCUACUUCAAGUAG